UAAGUUAUAGAAAUUACUACUAAACCACUUAAAAAUACUCUUUGUCCCAUUGUCCCGUUCCCGUCCUAUUGCCCCUUUCCGUCCCUAAGAAACUACAGAUAACGGCUGUAUGGGGCAUGGAUAUUCAAGUAACGAAACAAAAAAAAAAGUUCCUUCCGUGAAGGUACCGUUCGAUCGUUAUUACCUAUAUUAAUUAAGGUUUUUCGCUUUUCACUUUUGAUCUGUAGAUUGAAAUAAAAUAUAAUGGGAAAAGAUGAAGUAUCUACAAAAAAGAGACGUAAAUUAAAUACCAGUUCAUCAAGUGACACCACUAAACAAGCUCCAGUAGAUGUUUAUAAGCGUGUUGUAGAAUUUGAGGAAACAGAGGCACAACUUCGCCCUGCCGAGAAAGACGCCGCACUAUUCAAGAAGAUUUGUCAAGACAUCAGGCUUUUACUGGCUGACAUCGCCGAAUUGAAAACAAAGGAUACUGAGGAAGCAAAGGAGAAGAUCACUGCAAAGCGAAUAGAAGCAUCUCUACAUUUAGUUGCUCUUAAAAAGUUGAAUCGUCUAGAGAAAGUUCGAACAAGAGCUGGGCGUGAUGCUUUACACAAAGAAAAGCAGAGAGUUGAUUCAACACAUUUGCUUCUCCAGAAUUUACUCUAUGAAGCAGAUCAUCUUAACAAAGAGGUCACAAAGUGUCUACAAUUCAAGUCCAAAGAUGAAGAAAUUGAGCUUGUACCAUUGGAAGAUUUCUAUAAUGAUGCUCCAGCAGAAAUAAGUCGCCCUGAAGUCACAAAAAAUGAUGAACAUCAAUUGCAAUUGUCCCGACUUGAGUGGGAAUUGCGUCAACGUCGUGAGCUAGCGGGAGCCUGCAAUGAACUGGUUGCUUCUAAGGAACGAGUAGCUGCAGCUAUAGCUGCUGCUCGUUCUAGGCUUGAAGCACUGGGCCCACAUCUGAAAGAUGUUCUGAAAUCCACCAAACCUCUGCAAGAAUGUCUAGCCAUGAGAUUGGAUGAGAAAAGGGAUGAGGCAAGGGCAGCAGCGUUAUUGCCUCCACCAUUGUUUUUACUGUAUGCUAACACCAGUGCUUACUCUGAUGCUCUUGGUGUUAAAACUGUUACUGUUGGAAUAUCUGGUGAUGAGGAUGAAGCACGGCGAUUGGAUCAACUCAGUAAUGUUGACAGUGAAUUAGUGGUUUCUAAUGACUCUGAUUCUGACCAAGACAAUGCUGAAGAAGAACGUAGGGAGAAAAAGAAACGCCACCACAGGGCUUCAAAAAUUUCUAAGGAAGAAAAGGCUGAAGCUAAAAGGAAAGAAGUUCUAAAGAAGCAUCCACUGAGUGUUCUAGUGUCAGUUACAGUUUCAGAUGGCACUGCUCUAAAUCUUGUAUUUUCUUAUCUUUUGCAUUUGAAAAUAGCUGUAGUUAAAUUUACUGUGUCAAUUCCAAAACCUGUAACAGGAGUUUCAGCUGCCGAUGUGCUGAGUGGUCACUGCAUUCUUAAUGAGUUGUAUCCUGCAGACACGGGUAAUGAUUCACCUCAUCCAGCUACUGCAUACUUAUUGAAUGCUGCAGGCAUAUCGGAAGAUUUUCAGCAUUUCAUACCUGAUGUUGGCAAACCAUAUAUUUGGGCGCAGAGAAUGUGCGGUCUAGAUUUCAUGGCUGUUGUUUUGGAUGACCAAAAAUUGAAUAAGGUUAUACAACCUUCCCAAAGCUUAAGUGUAACCACUGUUGAAAACUUCAUCUUAACUUUGAAGAAAAGAUUGAAAUAUCGUGUUGAGCUCAUGAAGGAGUUGCAAGACCUAGAGUCUGGAAAGAUUUGCCCUCCCAAAGGCAAUGUACCAGUCAGGUUAUCUGGGUCAUUGACUCAAUGGCAGUCUGUAGGCUGGCCUGAAUACAGCCAAUCUCCUUCAACAACAUUUCUGAUAUCCGAGGGAUUGGUCAACUGUAAUGAUAUGCUUUACAGAGCUAUAAUUACCAGGCAGUCAGCAAAACUGGUCGCUCUAGUAGCAUUGGCUAGUGACUACCCAAAGAAGGCACCUCUGUUUUCAUUAACUCUCCACUGGAAUGGCACUCAUCAUGCAGGAAUUAAUGAUGAUAUCAGGGACAUUGAGAGAAUUAUAAACACAGACUGGGCUACAAAAGAGAAAGAGCGCCCUACUCUGUCUGCACAAAUGACUAAGCUGCUGACUUAUCUAGAUAUACUUUUGGAAACAACAGGAUCUGCAGAGUUCCCACCUGAUAAGGUCAUGUUUUGUCCGGUUAGGGGACGCAAUAGAAUUAAGCCUUAUAGAUUUCUGAAACAAGGCACUGGAGUGUUUGUUCAAUACUAAAUAUAUAGGUGCUAGCAAAAAUAUAAUUUUUUAGUAUGACUCUGUUAUGAUUCUUUUGUCGGCAUUUUUCUUCUUUGAAGAAACAUUCAAAGUAAGUGAAUAUAAACUUAAAUGUACUUUCUACUUAUUUUCUUGUUCUAUUAUUCCAUUAUUAUUUAUAAAACUGGGCUUUAAAAAAUGGACCUAUAUUACUUACUUGGUUAAAAAUAAAUAUCCAUGGUGUAAUGUUACAAA